GAGGGAGGUGAGGAGCAGAUCGGAGCUCUUGCACCUCCGGCUCGUAGGCUACAGCAAUAUCACUCCAUCCCUCGCCGAUCGGAUUAUCGCUUUACUGCGCUUCCCACCCUCUAGAGCCCUGCCUAUUGAGCAACAUAGAGUGUACGUAUCCGAAACCAGGAGCUGUGCUUUCCAGCACCAGUGCCACAAUCAAGCUUCCUUCCCUCGUUUCUUCGUUUUUCAUUUCUUUUUUUUUUCUUUUGCUCCGUAAAUGCACUCCAAUAUUUUCCAGGAGAGAAGAUUCGUUUCUGCAUCAGUAUGAGAUUGUCCCAACCCAAAACAGGAAGUUCAAUACUGUAGUCCUGUACCGUUCUUCACCGCACGGAAAUCACCUGGUAAAAACAGAGCUUACUAAUGUGUAGAUCCUAAGGAUUUAACUACUGACAGUAAAGUUCUCUUCUUUCAGACAUGGAUAUGUUCCUCUUUUUGCUUGUCCUCAUUAGCCUUCUUCCUAUGGGAGUCUCCCUCUACAACACAACAGUUGGUUGUCGCAUUAUUCAGCCUCCACGAGAAGGUGGGAUCCGAUACCGAGGGCUAACUCAGGAGCAGAUACGCAACGUGGAGAUUCUGCCUGUGGACUAUGAGAUUGAAUACCUCUGUCGUGCUGACAGAAUCAUUGUUGGACCCAAGGUCAGAAAGUGCUUGGAAAAUGGCACCUGGACAGACAUGACUCUGCAAAGCCGAUGCUUGCGCCAGUGUCCACGUAUCUGGCUAUCAUUGGAGAAUGGACAAGUCCACCACAGCAAUGUUGAACACUCUCCUGUAGAAGGCACCCAGGUUUUUUAUCGCUGUAACCAUAAUUUCAGAUUGGUUGGACACAACUCGAGCCUCUGCAACAAGGAGGGCAAAUGGAGCAACCCCAAACCUAUCUGCGAGUAUGACAAGAACACAGGUUUAUCAUCUUCAGGUAAGAAGCCACUAUACAUCGGAGCGCUUUUCCCGAUGAGCGGAGGAUGGCCCGGUGGACAAGCCUGCUUACCUUCAGCGAAGAUGGCCCUAGAGCACGUCAACAACCGGCAUGACAUCCUCCCCGGAUACGAACUCAAACUCAUCUACCAGGACAGUAAGUGUGACCCAGGAGAAGCCACAAAGCUGCUCUAUGAACUUCUUUACAAAGAGCCCAUUAAGAUUGUGUUGAUGCCAGGCUGCAGCUCCGUCUCCACACUGGUGGCUGAAGCAGCAAGGAUGUGGAACCUUAUUGUUCUUUCCUAUGGUUCCAGUUCUCCAGCCCUCUCAAAUCGUCAGCGUUUUCCUACAUUCUUUCGUACACAUCCUUCAGCCACUUUGCAUAAUCCAACUCGGGUUCAGCUUUUUAAGAAGUGGAAAUGGACCAAAAUCGCCACAAUCCAACAAACCACUGAAGUCUUCACUUCUACCUUGGAUGAUUUAGAGGAGCGAGUCAAGGAGGCUGGGAUUGAGAUCAGCGUGCGACAGAGUUUCCUUACCGAUCCUGCCAUAGCAGUUAAGAAUCUCAAGCGUCAAGAUGCCAGAAUUAUUGUGGGACUCUUCUAUGAAACAGAAGCCAGGAAGGUCUUCUGUGAGGUCUUCAAGGAGAAAUUAUAUGGUAAAAAGUAUGUCUGGUUUUUGAUUGGCUGGUACGCUGACAACUGGUUUAAGAUUAAAGAUCCAUCAAUCAACUGCACAGUGGAGAACAUGACAGAGGCUGUAGAGGGUCACGUCACCACCGAGAUUGUCAUGCUGAACCCAGAGACUGUAAAAGGGGCAUCCAAUUUGACAUCUCAAGAAUUCUUGGAGCAACUAAUGAAGCGGCUUGGUGGGAAAAAUCCUGAGGAGACUGGUGGAUUUCAGGAAGCUCCACUUGCCUAUGAUGCCAUUUGGGCUUUGGCCUUAGCUCUUAACAAAACAGCUGAGCAGCUAGCUAAGAAAGGGCUGCGAUUAGAAGAUUUCAACUACAAUAACAAGAAUAUCACUAAUGAGAUAUACAAGGCCAUGAACUCCUCCUCAUUUGAAGGCGUUUCUGGUCACGUGGUUUUUGAUGCCCAGGGAUCCAGAAUGGCAUGGACCCUAAUUGAACAACUACAGGGUGGCAGUUACAAGAAGAUUGGAUACUAUGAUAGCACAAAGGGGAACCUUUCGUGGUAUGGAAAUGACAAAUGGAUUGGGCCACUUCCCCCAGCAGACCAGACUAAGGUUAUUGAGGAAUACCGUCACUUGUCCCAGAAGCUCUUUGUGAUCGUGUCAGUAUUUGCUGGCUUAGGUAUUCUCCUGGGAAUAAUUUGCCUGACAUUUAAUGUCUAUAACAGUAAUGUUCGGUAUAUUCAAAAUUCUCAACCCUAUCUUAAUAAUAUGACAGCUGUAGGAUGCAUGCUGGCUUUAGCGGCUGUGUUCCCACUUGGAUUAGAUGGAAAACACAUUUCUAGGAGCCAUUUUCCAUUUGUCUGUCAGGCUCGUCUUUGGCUGCUGGGUCUUGGUUUUAGCCUGGCUUAUGGAAGUAUGUUUACCAAGAUUUGGUGGGUGCACACUGUCUUCACCAAGAAGGAUGAAAAGAAAGAGAAGCGAAAGCAGCAUCUAGAGCCCUGGAAACUCUAUGCUACUGUAGGUGUCCUCCUGGCCAUAGACAUCUUGUCCUUGAUGAUCUGGCAGAUAGUUGAUCCUCUUCAUAUUACUAUAGAGGAGUUUACAAAAGAGGCUCCAAAGGUUGAUAAUGAUGUACUAAUCCAGCCUUUGCUAGAGCACUGCAGCUCGGAGAAAAUGAACACUUGGUUGGGAGUGGUGUAUGGGUACAAAGGUCUUCUUUUGCUGUUAGGAAUCUUCCUUGCCUAUGAGACAAAGAGUGUGUCCACAGAAAAGAUCAAUGACCAUCGUGCAGUUGGCAUGGCUAUCUACAAUGUGGCAGUGCUCUGCCUGAUUACUGCUCCAGUGACCAUGAUUCUGAACAGCCAGCAGGAUGCAGCCUUUGCAUUUGCUUCCCUUGCCAUCGUCUUCUCUGUGUACAUCACUCUCGUUGUUCUUUUUGUGCCCAAGAUGAGAAGACUCAUCACCCGUGGAGAGUGGCAGUCUGAACAGCAGGACACAAUGAAGACAGGAUCUUCUACCAAUAAUAAUGAUGAGGAGAAGUCCCGACAGCUGGAAAAGGAGAAUCGAGAGCUAGAGAAGAUCAUUGCAGAGAAAGAGGAGCGUGUUUCCGAGUUACGACACCAACUCCUGGAGAGACAGCAGCUACGUUCUCGUCGUCGACCUUCAGUCAAUGAAAAACAAGCGUUUUUAGCCCAGGGACCUCCCUCCUCUGGCUUCCCAAUUUCCUCUUCUGUAGAGAACCACCAGGAACAUUUCACCAACUCGAACAUUGCCCCCAUAGCAUCCCUUUACCAGCCCUCAGUGCGCCCCCCACUAGCGGACAAGUUGAGUCGCAACAACUGCCAUGGCAGUCGACUGCACCUGCUGUACAAGUGAAAGCACCAGUACCAUUAAAAAAAAAAAAUCUUAAUUUUGACCCUUCGAACUUGGUGCCACAAUAAAAUGUUAUUUUUUUUACACCUUCACCCCUUGUUAUGUCAUGUAGCUUUCAUUAACUAAAUGGAUAAAAUACCUGUUUUGGUUAAGGGGAUUAUGUUUAUUUUACAGUGUAAUAGAUCCAUAAAUGUGGGAGACUACUAUCUGAGCAUUACAUACCAUAUGAUGUGGCAGUCUGAAUAUCAUGUAUUAUUUAUAAAUGAAUGUCAAGGAAUUUGCUGUUGAAUCUCUUUUUUGGAGGACUAUUUCCUUAUCUGUUUAUUCUUCCAAAUUAAAAUAUAACAAAAGGUAACAGAGACACAAGCUGACAAGGAUCUUUCAACGUGACUCACAGUUCCUAAAAUAAAUGCAUCGAUUGAUCAACAAGCAAAGACUGAAGCUAUAAAUGCUUAAAGAGGAAAAAACCAUGAAUCAAGGAUUUAUUUCAAUGAGCACAAGUCAGCAGCAAAAUCCUAUUCUCUAUUUCCAGGUGAGCACUCUAAACUGAUAAUGUUCAAAUUAAAUAAUAUUCAAACUUGCAUAACAAUCAGUAACACAAAUCAGGCAUGGGUCAUUCUGAAUACCUGUAACCAAUGAAGGUGAUCUUUCUAGUCAUAAGACUGUGAAUAAUGUUAUAUCUUGGGCAGCACAUCAUAACUGUAGGACUGGAAUCAUGGAACUGAUGCUGGAAAAUUAUUAGGUGUUUAUAAGUCUAAUGCAGGAUGAGACUUGACUAAUUGCAAAUAAAAAUGUGAAGUACAAAGGAAAUACAGAAGAUAUGGACAAGUUGCCAUUUUAUUAUCCUGAAGUUUUUAAGAAUAAUUUGUGACAGAGAGGAAUUUUGGACAAUAAUAAUAAUAAUGAAGUAUGAUAUGGGCUGUCAAAUCCCUUUAAAUCUGAAAUAAGUUCAACAUAAGAUCACUUUUGAAGUAAAAUAACUUCCCAUUAACUAAACAUGCUUUGAUUGCAAUUAGACUAUUAUUCACAACAAAACAGCAAAGUCUGAAAGGACAAGUAGGAGGAUUACAUGUGCCUGUGAUUAAACUUCAGAGGAAUCUAUCACUUGAAUUUCUGUGUAGCUUGUUUCCAGUGAUUUGCUAUUCAUCUUGUGUGAAAUGUACGUAUGGAAGAUGUUAAAGUUGCAAAGAAACGUGGUAAACAUUUCCAGUAAAGAAGGGCCCGUCUACUAUUUUAAUACAUGCCAAGAUAUGAAUUAAAAGUAGCUGAUUUGCUUAGCUUAUUGUUUAAAAUGUUUUGUCAUUUUUGUAUUAUGAAAUCAUAACAGGUAUAUUUAGUUACACAACUGUAACAUGCUUGUUACAUUUUAAGAAGUUUUUAUGAAGUACUAUAAAAGUUUGAUGCGCAUGAGGUAAGGGGCAUAAUAAUUCAUUCAAAUAUAUGCACACAACUAACUGGUAAAAUAAAAGAAACCAAUUAAACUAAAAGCUGGCACUUCUACGUGCGUAGGUGAGUUCAUUGAGAUAAUUAAGUAAAUAAUAUCCCAUUAUGCAUAAGAUCAAACAUAAAAAGGCCAUGAGAGUCCAUUUUCUCCUUAUUUUUCAUUAUGCCUUUUCUAGGGGCUGCUUAGCAGGAUAUUCAAUUUGCUGGUGUUUUAGGAAGAACUCUUUCAAAGGUGAUGUGAGCAUAGAAGUGAUAUCGAACAAUAUCAUUAUAUGGGCACAACUGCGCCUGAAAAUGUAGACUCCUUGACUGUGAUGGCUAUACCUUGCUUUGAGAUGUAUCGAAAACCAGGAAACUGAUUCUCAGUCAGUUGACUACAUAUUUAAUUUUGAGGUAGAAACAGGAUGUCUAAUUUAAAAUAGGCACUAACAACUUUAUGGCAGGCAGCACUAUGAUUGCUUUUUAGUGUGUAAACUUUAUCAUUGUACCUAAAACUGCUCUUUUGUGGAGUAAACAAUGCAAAACAUUGGUACUGAGCAAUAUGCCAUGAGUGCAUGCGUGUUGCACACUAAAAGAGAUCAAUGGCCUCCAUGCUUAUUUCCCAAUAGUGUAGGGUUCUGGUGGUUGAGGUACAUCUUCACUGACAGUGAAUGUCAAUACAAAGCAAUCCUGAAUCAUAACUUUUGUCCUGCAGUGAGGUAUUUUUAUCCUGCUACUCAGAUCCACAAUGCCCCAUGUGAGUUUCUCAAUGAACGGUUUAAGAAGCGUAAUAACAGUGUAUAUCAGUCAUGUGUUCUGAGCACUAAUGUAAGACUCUAGAACAGCAAAGUUGGUCCUCGAGGGCUAUAAUGCCUAAAGAUUUUCUUUUCUGUUGAAGCACUUACUGCUCAAAGCAACAUUUUUAUAGUUAAUUUUAGUUGGUUGUUUGUUAAGAUUUCCCUCCCUUAACUGCUUAUUUUUGUUUUAAACAGAUGGAUUUCCUGUUACUGUUUUUAAUUGCUCCUUAUUAGCAAUAAUAUGUAGAUGACAAAGUUACAGCAGCUCUCCAUUUACACCUUUUGGGUACUCAUCGUGAACUAUUUGGUUUAAUAAAAUAUUUGGAAGGAAAUUGAAGACAUUAUUCUAUAGAAUUAGUCGUCCACUUCAGGCUACAAAUUACUUCAAAAACAUCCAUGGACUGAGAAAAAACGAUAUAGGAAUGACCUGACAUGACAGAAUGAAAACACCAACAAGCCAUUAAAUUUAUAUGAUCAGUUAUUGGCAAGGAUUGGUUUCUAAUUAAGAAAUCGAGUUGCAACAAAAACCUGCAGCCAUCCAAAAUUGAAUUUGCAGACCGUUCUCUGGAACAGGACCUAAGAGAGCAUUUUCUGCCACCAUCAUCAAAAUACAAAACAAUGCAAAUUCUCAUGGAAGAUUAGUGUGGCAGGUACAGUUUAGAUAAUGCAGUUGCCAUGCCAUGAGGCCCUCUCAAUAUGUGUUUCUUUUAAUUUGUCAGUUACAUGCAUACAUAGACACACACAUUAUGUAUUUUGAGAUGUACCUGAAUAUCGAUUAAAUGGGCACUGUAAAGUUGAUUAAACUAGCAUUUUAAUGUGUUAAUUACCUAUCUGAAAAUAAUAUAAAUUUUUUUUUAAUUUGUUAAUGUUUAAAAUUGUCUUCCACAAAAACAUUUACUUUAUACUCUAAGCAUAUCUUGUUCUAACCUUUGAAUGUUGCUUUAAAUGUUUUGUUCUUUCUGAAAUGUCAACUAUUUACUUUUUUAUAGUAUUUUGUUAUUUAUAGACUCACAGUUUUGUGUCUAAGCACUUUUUUUUCAUCCUUUAUUUACUUACAUCAAGUUAAAUACCCCAUGGCAAGGAUGAGAACAACAUGUACAAAU